GGCGAGGGAAAAUGAGAGUAGCGGAACGAAGGGGAUGGACGAAGACGACAAUGGCGAGAAGUGACAGCUGAAAGAUAUUAGCAGCGUGGACGGAGGAGGAAGGAGAGCGGCAAUAUCCGAAAAUGGCGGAUCGCAGCCUGGAGCUGCAGGAAUCGGGGUGGGAGGAGCUGAGGAGAGAGGCGAGGAAGGUCGAGGGGGAUCUCGACGUCAAGCUGUCCUCUUACGCCAAGCUCGGUGCUCGGUUCACCCAAGGCGGGUAUAUGGACAAUGGUUCACCAGUUCUAGGGUCAGAAAGGUCGUGGAGAUCAAUUGAAUUUGAGAUCCGGUCAUUGCUCGAGAAACUCUUAGACAUAAAUGAUGGUACGAGUAGGUGCGCUGUAUCCACUGUUCCUACCACUUCAGUCACCCAGAAGUUGGCUAGGCACAGAGAAAUACUUCAUGAGUUUACCCAGGAAUUCAGAAGAAUCAGGGGGAAUAUAAAGUCGAUGGAGGAACAUACAGAGCUUCUUAGUUCAGUCAGAAAUGACAUUAGCAACUACAAGGUUUCUGGAAGUGGGUCAUCAAACAUGCAACUAUUAAGAGAGAGGACAGCAAUUCAUGGUAGCAUAGCUCAUAUAGAUGACGUGAUCAGUCAAGCACAAACAACAAGAGCGGUCUUGGGCUCCCAAAGGUCCUUUUUUGGAGAUGUUCAUGGGAAAGUGAAACAACUGAGUGAUAUAUUUCCGGUGAUACGCGGCCUGCUUGGUAAUAUAUAAUUCGAUAUGUACUUUUACUGAGUAAUUUGAACAUUUUAGUUUUCUGACCUUCAUCAUGGCGAAUGGAGGUUCUAUUAGAAGGCGACGAUCAAGAGACACGCUUAUUCUCUCUGCAGUUAUUGCGGCUUGUACAUUGUUUUUUGUAGUAUAUUGGCUCUCCAAAUAACUAUUACCAUCAAUUGAGUAUGAAACUUUGUGCCUUAUUUCCAAGGAUCACUUGCACAUCUUUAUUUCAUCCAUGUCUAACAUGUUUCUGUUAAGCCAUCAGCCAACAAAUUUUUACUGUUAAUGCUUUCAUAAACUUUUAUCCAAAAGAAUGAGAUGCACGUAGAGGUCCUACAUUCCAUGGAAAAUUGGUUGGGUUGCUUGAGAUCUACAUUGAUGCCGAAAGGACUACUCAUGACUCAGAAUUUGCAGAGGCUGUUUCUUGCUGAUCUACUUUCUGUCUUUCUUUAUUGUGUGGUACAAUAUUGCGGAAAUGAGUCACGUGCACACGAUCACUUUCACACCAAGGACAGAUUUUAAAUCUCAUAGGACCCACAUGAUGCAUGUGGAUGCUUAUAGUUUACUUGCUGUUAUAAAGUCUUGAUGUUUUCCCAAGACGGAGUGGUCCAUCACUUUUGAUCUUGACCUUGCGGUGGUGGUCCAAGGUGUUGUCCCACAAAUCAACCAGUAGUUCGCAGCUUAAGCUCUAUCAUGAUUUCUAUUGCUGGGAAGGAUCUACUACAGCUGGUAUUAGUUUCAAACUGUCUACUUCCGCAGAUUUAACAAUCUAAAAGUGUUCUGUGCCACUACCUGUUAUCUUGUUCUGCAGUGCUAUUUCAGGUUCUGUCCCAUCGACAGUUAGAAAGGUCUGAAGGACCAUACAAACAUUGAUCCCGUUUCUCCCAAGAUGUCGACCUGAUGAUUCUUAUCCAGUCAAGGGCCAGCUUCAUCCCAUAUGGUCCACCAGUUAAUUAGAACAUUGGAUUCUCCAGGACAUCAGUUUCCCCGAGAUUUAUGGGGGGCAAGAAAGCAAAUGGUAUGGUUGUGGGCAGCCCUUGAGCAGCAGACCACUUAAUUGCUCCCUCUUAACAGCCUCUUCGGAAAGGACGCAAGUUCAACGGGGCUCCACGCUGGCCAUCGCUCCGCAAGGACGGUCAGUGGAGGCUUCGGAAGACUCUGACGACCAUCCUUGGAGGGUCAAUGGUCUCUGACGAACAUCCUUGAAGAGUCAAUGGUCAGCAGGGAAGCCUCCGCCACCAGACCGCAUUUCUCUUUCUUCGACGAGGAAGAGACAGAGGGGCGGUCCGGUGAUGGGAGCCUCCAGUGGCCAUCCACACCCAGGUGAAUUCAUCAAAGGAGUUGGAGGCCUACAUCGAGGAGAGAAAGAGAUGACAGAUUGGGCUUCCCCACAGGCCAUCCACGCCCCAAGUGCGGUGGCCUGAGAUCUCCAACUCCUCUUGUGGCCUCACCCUUGCGGGGUGGGGGGGAGCCACAUCCAUCCCUCUUCCUUUCUGUAGUCGAUAAUUUUCGAGGAGAGAGUGGAGAUGGAUUCAGGUUUAUGGGCUUCCCUUUGGUCACCCAACCCUAAGUGAGGUCGACAGAGGCCUCGGACACCUCCGACGACCUCAUCUUGUGGUGGGUUGCUGGCAGGGUCGUCGGUCUUUCCACUUUGCAGCCCUCUGUAAUUAUUUCGUUUUUUAGUUUUUUAUUUUAUAUUGUAUUCUUAAAAUUUAUUUAGUACAUCGGAUGGUCGAUCUGGGAAAUAAUUGA